AGCCUCUUAAGUGCUGGGAUAACAGGCGUGUGCCACCAUGCCUGGCCUAAAACAUUUAAUCAGUGUUUCAUGUGACACAGGGGCCUGUAGACAAGAAGAUCCCAGAUCCAGGGAGGGCUGGGUGUCGCUGAGCAGUACAGCACUUGCCUAGAAGUGGCCUGUCCUGAAUCGCAGCUGUUGGGUUCUGGUGACACUGAGGCUCUCUGUCCUCCAGAGGAGAUGUCGGAAGCAAGACCCGUCGCCAGGGAUGUACUCAUGGAGACCCUGCUGUACGAGCCUCUGUUGGCCACACGGGCCUUGGGUGAGACACAGCCCUCGAGGGGAGAGGAUCUCCAUCCCCCAGGGGACACUAACCUGGUGGGCUGCCUGGAAGGCAGCAACCUGGUGGCCCUGCGGCUGGCCUGCAUCGGGGACGAGAUGGACCUGCGUCUGCGGAGCCCUGGCUUGGCCCAGUUGCCUGGGAGGGCCAUGCACAGCCUGGCCGUCACCUACAGCCAGAUGGGGCUCUGGGGUGUGCUCAGAAGCCUGACUCAUGGUCUCGCCAGCCUUGGGGACAUGUGGACCUGGAGACGCCCAGCCUCCCCGGCCUGGGUGUCCCCCAGCCGGGCCUGCAGGCGGCUGCUGCCGGUGGUGCUGAUGGUGCUGCUGCUCGAGACCCUGCGCCUGCUGAUGCAGUGAAGGCUGGCAGGCAGGCGGGCUG